AUGCGGUGUCUUCAUCAGGUGGUGACGAUUGCCACGUACAGCUACUACUGCGCCUUGGUGUUCGGCAGCCAGUCCGUCGAAGGCGAUAACACCGACAUAGAUGACAUCAACGCCUACGCCCCCAUCACGUCCAUAUUUCUGUUGGUAUUAUACGUCGGGUGGCUGAAAGUGGCUCAAUCUCUCAUCGAUCCAUACGGGGAAGAUGAUGUUGAUUUCGAGCUCAAUUGGCUCAUUGACAGGAACGUCAAGGUCUCACACUUGAUGGGAGAGGGAGUCAAUACGGACUUGAGGGAAUUCACCUGGCACGAAAUGUUCCCUUGGCUCUAUGACCGAGCUUUGGGGCCGAAUUACAAACUCAGGGCCUUCGCCAACGUGAUGGACAAGGACAAGGAGACCAAGGGCACGAUCGAGGUGAUCGUGAAGCCGUCUCACGCCAUCCAACCGGGAGGACCAGGGUGGCAGGGGAGUAUCUACAAGCUCAUCGGCCUGGAUAUCGUCAUCUGGCUCCUAUUCUUUUACACCUUCAACUGUCUCUAUCGAUUUCUACUAGAUGAUGACCAAAGGGACAUGUUCGAGAAGGUGGUGGUUUACUGCCGGGACUUCAAUAGCAACAUCCCGCUGACGUUUGUUCUGGGUUUCUACGUUACCACGGUCCUUAAUCGGUGGUGGAGUCUGUGGAAUUCUCUGCCGUGGCCGGACGAUGUCAUCCAUUACCUCACCAUUUAUCUCAAUGGACAGGUACAAGGGCUGAUGGAGGAAGGCGAACGACGGCUGGUGGAAGUGAUAGCAGGAGAUUCGCUGCGGUCCAUGUUCUGGAUCCCCCACGUGUGGGCGACGAACAUCGCGCAUCAGGCCAGGGUGGAGAAUCGGAUCCAGAGCGACUUGGGUCUUCGAGGGAUAGUCGAUGCUUUGACUGCCGUUCGUCGGACGUGUUCCAUCUGCCAACACGUGGAAUUCAUAGAAGUCCCGAUCGUCUACUCUCAGGUAGUAACAAUCGCUACGUACAGCUAUUAUUGUGCCUUGGUGUUCGGCAGUCAGUCCAUAGACGACGAUAACUCCGAGAAAGAUGUCAUCAACACUUACGCCCCCAUCACAUCAGUAUUCCUGUUGGUCUUAUACAUCGGUUGGCUGAAAGUGGCCGAAUCUCUGAUCGAUCCAUACGGUGAAGACGAUGCCGAUUUCGAGCUCAACUGGCUCAUCGACCGUCACAUGAAAGUCUCAUACGUGAUGGGAGAGGGACUCAAUACGGGUUUCAAGCAAUACACAUGGAAUGAAAUGUUCCCUUGGCUCUAUGACGAAGCUUUUGCGCCGAACUCCAAACUCCGCAUCUUCGCCGACAUGAUGGACGAGAAAAAAAAAGCCAAGUCGCCAGAACUGGUGGUGACGCCCAUUCCCCCGAAUAAUCCAGACCUCAUGAAGACAACAACCCUGUUCCGAAUAUUGAAGACGGGAAACACUCAAGUGGUGCCGCCCCGUGUAGUCCCAAGCAGCCUCCCGCAAAAUGGUUUCGAACCGUAGGACAAGGACGCACUUUUGAAAGGAGUAGGGUCAACCGUCGCAUCAACCGCAUCUCCGAAUCUUCAACUUCGUGUCCAGCUUCACCCAAUGUGUGGCGUCGUUCGCUCUUUCGUGCAACACCAGCUUGUAUACCUAGUAAACAAAUAUAUUCAAGGCUGAAGUUGAUUAAUGAAAAAGGUCUUGAAAUA